GGGUGAAGAAUUAAACUCUUACUUAUCUUUUAAAACAUUGACUCAGGUGUAUAUUCUGAGUCAAAAUUGAAGCUUUACAACAAGUAUGCAUUUCUCUAUAGUCUGUCUAAUUGAAAUAUGACCAUGUGAUGUGGAUAAACAACAGUUGUUUCUGAUUAGCGUAUGUUUGAAGUGUUGAUCCUAACAUCAAGUUUGUGGGUUAAGCUAACAACUGUUAAAGUGAGUAAUGUUUCCUUGGGAGCAACAGAGCGAGACAUAAAAGAGUUCUUCUCAUUUUCUGGUGACAUUGAAUAUGUUGAAAUGCAGAGUCAUGAUGAACGGUCUCAAGUUGCCUACGUCACCUUCAAGGAUUUGCAAGGAGCUGAGACUGCAGUGCUACUAUCGGGAGCAACAAUAGUUGAUCUAUCAGUUACAGUAACUAUGGAUCCAGAUUACAAGCUUCCACCUGCUGCCCUUGCGUCAUCUGCAACAGACACAAAACCUCCUGUUGGUGGUGAAUCUGCUUUACGGAGGGCAGAGGAUGUGGUCUCAGGCAUGCUAGCCAAGGGCUUCAUCUUAGGAAAAGAUGCUGUCAACAAAGCAAGGACGUUUGAUGAGAAGCACCAGUUGUCAUCCACAGCUUCUGCUAAAGUCGCAUCUUUUGACCAGAAAAUUGGACUUACUGAGAAAAUAAGUGUUGGUGCUUCAGUUGUGAGUGAUAGAGUUCGAGAAGUGGAUCAAAAGUAUCAGGUUUCAGAGAAAACCAAAUCAGCAUUUGCUGCUGCAGAACAGAAAGUCAGUACAGCUGGUUCUGCUAUAAUGCAGAACAGAUACGUGCUUACCGGGGCUUCCUGGGUAACAGGUGCAUUUAACAAGGUUGCUAAGGCAGCCGGAGAUGUGGGACAAAAGACAAAAGAAAAAGUGGAGAAUGCAGAACAGGAAGAACAUCGAAAAGUGGAGGAUCAAUAUGCACAGGUUCUAUCAGAGUCUCCCAAAGCAGCAGCAAGUGAGCAGCAUCACUCUUCAAAGCCGCCUCCUGCUCAGGGCUUGAUCCUUUAAUUCGCAUCUUGUAUAUACAUUCUGCGAAUUGUUUCUAUAAGGUAUCUUUUGACCAAUAUGUGUUUUCUUUCUUUCUUAUGCUUGAGAUUGAAUUUGAAACAGGUUCUCCAGUUUAUUGAACUUGUCUGCAAUUGCUUAAUUCUCUUUCAUGUAACAAAGAUAAACUGGAUGAUAAUGAUCUGCCUUUGCAGUUUUCCUGCUU